AUGCAGCUGAGCCGCGCCGCCGCCGCCGCCGCCGCCGCCGCCUCUGCGGAGCCCUCGGCGCCGCUGUCCUCCGCGCCGGCCCCGGCCCCGGCCCCCCCCGGCCCCAUCCCGCACAGCGCGGCCGACGGGGCUCCGGCGGGGGGACAGGGGGGGCCGGGGGGCCGCGCGGAGUCCCGGUGCGCCCCGCUCCUGGCCGCUCCCGGCCCCGGCCCCGGCGCGGGGAUGGACGGCCCCGGGGCCAGUGCCGUGGUCGUGCGCGUCGGCAUCCCGGACCUGCAGCAGACGAAGUGCCUGCGCCUGGACCCAGCCGCGCCAGUGUGGGCCGCCAAGCAGCGCGUGCUCUGCGCCCUCAACCACAGCCUCCAGGAUGCCCUCAACUACGGGCUCUUUCAGCCGCCCUCCCGGGGCCGCGCCGGCAAGUUCCUGGACGAGGAGCGGCUUCUGCAGGAAUACCCGCCCAACCUGGACACGCCCCUGCCCUACCUGGAGUUUCGAUACAAGAGGCGAGUUUAUGCCCAGAACCUCAUCGAUGAUAAGCAGUUUGCAAAGCUUCACACGAAGGCAAACCUGAAGAAGUUCAUGGACUACAUCCAGCUACACAGCACGGACAAGGUGGCCCGCCUGCUGGACAAGGGGCUGGACCCCAAUUUCCAUGAUCCUGACUCGGGAGAGUGUCCUCUGAGCCUUGCGGCCCAGCUAGACAAUGCCACGGACCUACUAAAGGUGCUGAGGAAUGGUGGUGCUCACCUGGACUUCCGCACUCGUGAUGGGCUCACUGCUGUGCACUGUGCCACACGCCAGCGGAAUGCGGCGGCUUUGACGACCCUGCUGGACCUGGGUGCUUCACCGGACUACAAGGACAGCCGCGGCCUGACGCCCCUGUACCACAGCGCCCUGGGUGGGGGGGACGCCCUCUGCUGUGAACUGCUCCUGCACGACCAUGCUCAGCUGGGGACCACAGACGAGAACGGCUGGCAGGAGGUCCACCAGGCCUGCCGCUUUGGGCACGUGCAGCACCUGGAGCACCUACUCUUCUAUGGAGCCGACAUGGGAGCUCAGAACGCCUCAGGGAACACAGCCCUGCACAUCUGUGCCCUCUACAACCAGGAGAGCUGUGCUCGUGUCCUGCUUUUCCGUGGAGCCAACAAGGAUGUCCGCAAUUAUAACAGCCAGACAGCCUUCCAGGUGGCCAUCAUAGCAGGGAACUUUGAGCUGGCAGAAGUCAUCAAGACCCACAGAGACUCGGACGUUGUACCAUUCAGGGAAACCCCCAGCUAUGCGAAGCGGCGGCGGCUGGCUGGCCCUAGUGGCCUGGCCUCUCCUCGGCCCCUGCAGCGCUCAGCCAGUGACAUCAACCUGAAGGGUGAGGUACAGCCAGCAGCUUCUCCAGGACCUUCACUGCGAAGCCUCCCCCACCAGCUGCUGCUCCAGCGGCUGCAGGAGGAGAAAGACCGGGACCGGGAUGGUGACCAAGAAAAUGAUGUUGGUGGCCCUGCAGCAGUCAGGGGCAGCCAGAGCAAGAUCAGCCCAAGCGGACCCGGCGGCCCCGGCGGCCCGGGCCCCGCGCCCGGCCCCGGCCCGGCGCCCCCCGCGCCCCCUGCACCGCCGCCCCGGGGCCCGAAGCGGAAACUUUACAGCGCCGUCCCCGGCCGCAAGUUCAUCGCCGUGAAGGCGCACAGCCCGCAGGGCGAGGGCGAGAUCCCGCUGCACCGCGGCGAGGCCGUGAAGGUGCUCAGCAUUGGGGAGGGCGGUUUUUGGGAGGGAACCGUGAAAGGCCGCACAGGCUGGUUCCCGGCUGACUGCGUGGAGGAGGUGCAGAUGAGACAGUAUGACACACGGCACGAAACCCGGGAGGACCGGACGAAGCGACUUUUCCGCCACUACACCGUGGGCUCCUAUGACAGCCUCACUGCACAUAGCGAUUAUGUCAUUGAUGACAAGGUGGCUGUUCUGCAGAAACGGGACCAUGAGGGCUUUGGUUUCGUGCUCCGAGGGGCCAAAGCAGAGACCCCUAUUGAGGAGUUCACGCCCACGCCAGCCUUCCCCGCGCUACAGUAUCUGGAGUCGGUGGAUGUGGAGGGCGUGGCCUGGAGGGCUGGGUUGCGCACUGGAGACUUCCUCAUCGAGGUGAAUGGGGUGAAUGUGGUGAAGGUUGGACACAAGCAGGUGGUGGCUCUGAUCCGCCAGGGCGGGAACCGCCUCGUCAUGAAGGUGGUGUCAGUGACAAGGAAGCCAGAAGAAGAUGGGGCUCGGCGCAGAGCCCCGCCGCCCCCCAAGAGGGCCCCCAGCACCACGCUGACCCUGCGCUCCAAGUCCAUGACGGCAGAGCUCGAGGAGCUUGCCUCAAUUCGGAGAAGGAAAGGGGAGAAGUUGGACGAGAUCCUGGCUGCGGCCACGGAGCCAACGCUGAGGCCAGACAUCGCGGACGCUGACUCAAGAGCUGCCACUGUCAAGCAACGGCCCACUAGUCGGAGGAUCACCCCCGCGGAGAUCAGCUCAUUGUUUGAGCGCCAGGGCCUCCCAGGCCCAGAGAAGCUGCCAGGCUCCCUGCGGAAGGGGAUUCCACGGACCAAGUCUGUAGGGGAGGAUGAAAAGCUGGCAUCCCUGCUGGAGGGGCGCUUCCCGAGGAGUACCUCGAUGCAGGAUACGGUGCGCGAGGGCCGUGGCAUCCCGCCGCCGCCCCAGACCGCGCCGCCGCCCCCUCCCACUCCCUACUACUUCGACUCCGGGCCGCCUCCCGCCUUCUCACCGCCGCCUCCGCCGGGCCGCGCCUACGACACCGUGCGCUCCAGCUUCAAACCCGGCCUGGAGGCGCGCCUGGGUGCGGGACCCACGGGCCUGUACGAUUCCGGCGUGCCCCUGGGUCCGCUGCCCUACCCCGAGCGGCAGAAGCGCGCGCGCUCCAUGAUCAUCCUGCAGGACUCGGCGCCCGAGGCGGGCGACGUACCCCGGCCCCCGCCAGCAGCCACCCCGCCAGAGCGCCCCAAGCGCCGGCCGCGGCCGACGGGCCCCGACAGCCCCUACGCCAACCUGGGCGCCUUCAGCGCUAGCCUCUUCGCGCCAUCCAAACCUCAGCGCCGCAAAAGCCCGCUGGUGAAGCAGCUGCAGGUGGAGGAUGCACAGGAGCGUGCGGCCCUGGCGGUGGGCAGCCCUGGCCCUGUCGGCGGCAGCUUCGCCCGCGAGCCCUCCCCGACGCACCGCGGUCCUCGGCCCAGCGGCCUCGACUACGGCCCCGGGGACAGCCCCGGGAUCGCGUUCGGCGGCCCAGGCCCGGGCAAGGACCGCCGGCUGGAGGAGCGGCGGCGCUCCACCGUGUUCCUGUCCGUGGGAGCCAUUGAGGGUAGCCCUCCUAGCGCUGACCUGCCUUCCCUGCAGCCGUCCCGCUCCAUCGACGAGCGCCUUCUGGGGCCCGGUGCCGCCACCACCACCACUGGCCGCGACCUGCUGCUGCCCUCCCCUGUCUCUGCUCUGAAGCCAUUGGUCAGCGGCCCAAGCCUUGGGCCUUCGGGCUCCACCUUCAUCCACCCACUCACUGGUAAACCCUUGGAUCCCAGCUCACCCCUGGCCCUUGCCCUGGCUGCCCGCGAGCGGGCUCUGGCCUCCCAGGCACCAUCCCGGUCCCCAACACCUGUGCACAGCCCUGACGCUGACCGCCCUGGGCCCUUGUUUGUGGAUGUGCAGGCCCGUGACUCUGAGCGAGGGCCUCUGGCCUCCCCAGCCUUCUCCCCGAGGAGCCCAGCCUGGGUUCCUGUGCCUGCUCGCAGGGAGCCGGAGAAAGCUCCCCGGGAGGAGCGGAAGUCACCAGAGGACAAGAAGUCCAUGAUCCUCAGUGUCCUGGACACGUCCCUGCAGCGACCAGCCGGCCUCAUUGUUGUGCAUGCCACCAGCAAUGGGCAGGAGCCCAGCGGGCUGGGGGCCGAAGAGGAGCGCCCAGGCACCCCAGAGCUGGCCCCAGCCCCCACGCAGUCAGCAGUGGUGGCAGAGCCUCUGCCUAGUCCCCGGGCCCAGCCCCCUGGCAGUACCCCAUCCGAUCCCGGGCCAGGCCAGGGCAGCUCAGAGGAGGAGCCAGAGCUGGUAUUUGCUGUGAAUCUUCCGCCGGCCCAGCUGUCCUCCAGUGAUGAGGAGACCAGAGAAGAGCUGGCCCGCAUUGGACUUGUGCCGCCCCCUGAAGAGUUUGCCAACGGGGUCCUGCUGGCCACCCCACUCCCCGGCCCAGGUCCCUCGCCCACCACGAUGCCAGGCCCGGCCUCAGGGAAGCCCAGCAGCGAGCCGCCCCCUGCCCCGGAGUCUGCAGCAGACUCAGGGGUGGAGGAGGCUGACACUCGCAGCUCCAGCGACCCCCACCUGGAGACCACAAGCACUAUCUCCACGGUGUCCAGCAUGUCUACCCUGAGCUCGGAGAGCGGGGAACUCACCGACACCCACACCUCCUUCGCCGACGGACAUACUUUUCUACUCGAGAAGCCACCAGUGCCUCCCAAGCCCAAGCUCAAAUCCCCGCUGGGGAAGGGGCCGGUGACCUUCAGGGACCCGCUGCUGAAGCAGUCCUCCGACAGUGAGCUCAUGGCCCAGCAGCACCAUGCCGCCUCUGCUGGGUUGGUCUCUGCUGCCGGGCCUGCUCGCCCUCGCUACCUCUUCCAGAGAAGGUCCAAGCUGUGGGGGGACCCUGUGGAGAGCCGGGGGCUCCCUGGGACUGAAGACGACAAACCAACUGUGAUCAGUGAGCUCAGCUCCCGCCUGCAGCAGCUGAACAAAGAUACCCGCUCCCUGGGGGAGGAGCCAGUUGGCGGCCUGGGCGGCCUGCUGGACCCUGCCAAGAAGUCGCCCAUCGCGGCAGCUCGGCUCUUCAGCAGCCUCGGUGAGCUGAGCUCCAUCUCAGCGCAGCGCAGCCCAGGGGGCCCGGGCGGCGGGGCCUCCUACCCGGUGAGGCCCGGCGGCCGCUACCCGGUGGCGCGGCGCGCCCCGAGCCCAGUGAAGCCCGCGUCGCUGGAGCGGGUGGAGGGGCUGGGGGCGGGCGCGGGGGGCGCGGGGCGGCCCUUCGGCCUCACGCCUCCCACCAUCCUCAAGUCGUCCAGCCUCUCCAUUCCGCACGAGCCGAAGGAGGUGCGUUUUGUGGUGCGCAGCGUGAGCGCGCGCAGCCGCUCGCCCUCGCCUUCGCCGCUGCCCUCGCCAGCGCCUGGCCCCGGCCCCGGGGCCCCCGGCCCGCGCCGGCCCUUCCAGCAAAAGCCCCUGCAACUCUGGAGCAAGUUCGACGUGGGCGACUGGCUGGAGAGCAUCCACUUGGGCGAGCACCGCGACCGAUUCGAGGACCACGAGAUUGAGGGCGCGCAUCUGCCGGCGCUCACCAAGGACGACUUCGUGGAGCUGGGCGUCACGCGCGUGGGCCACCGCAUGAACAUCGAGCGCGCGCUCAGGCAGCUGGACGGCAGCUGACGCCCCACCCUCACCCACUUCCCGGCCGCGCCCUGCGGGCAGGGCCCCCCACUUCUACCCCCGGGCCGCGGGCUCGGCCCGCCCCCUACCUACCCCAACGGCGCCCGGGCCAGGAAUGUUGCAUGAAUCGUCCUGUUUGCUGUUGCUCGGAGACUUGCCCUGUACAUUGCUUAGUGCCCUCCUAGGCCGGCGAGCCCCACCCAGCACUCGGUCAGGAAGGGCGCGGGCCAGGGAGGCUGGAGCGGGAGGGGGUUGGGGGCAGGGUGCUCCGGCCUGAUCAUCUCCCGCACAGCUCCUGGUGGCUACUUUCCCAGAGGGGGGAACCUAGUCCAGCAUGCGAGGUCAGGAUACACCUUGGUGACUCGGGGGGAGGGGGGAGACAUUGGGGUUCUCGGUUAGGGGCCAAGGAGCCCCUCUGUUUUGCAUAUUUUAAUCCACUCUAUAUUUGGAACGAGAAAAGGAACAAAUAUCUCUGUCCUUAAUAGCUUCCCUUUCCCUCCCCUCCAGCCCCCACUGGUUCCGCUGCGGCUGCCCAGUCUUCCAUCUCUGGCCCCUCAACUGCCACUGCCACCCCACGUGGGGCGGGGGACGCUCCAGCUGGUCUGGGGUUGGCCAGGGUCCUAGUAACCCGCCCUGGGGCCCCAGCUGGGCACCCUCCCCUCGCUGAGGUACAGCGUGCCCCACCGACCCUUCAGGUGCUGCACGGAGGAGGGGCGGCGGGCAGCCAGUCCUGUUGGGCCCUAGCAAGGGUCAGUUCCGCUUCACCCCUCCUUUUGUAUGGAGUUCCAUCUGGGGGAUUUCACCCCUG